UGAUUGCGCUUAGACUGUCACGACCCGCCCUACUCUGCCUCUGAUUGGCUUAUCCUGAUAUUCUUUCCCUAAAUCUAACCAAUCUCACUCCUCAUGCUUACACCUAACCAAUCCAACCAACGAAGGUAACGAGAACUAGUCAAUCAGAGGAAGAGGAGGGCGGGUCGUUACUUCGCCAUCCUAGGAAAAAAAAUUGGCGUCCUGUGCGGAGGCUCGGAUGAGGAAGUAGCUACACUGACACUUGCGCUGAAUAGGACAGCAUCAAAAAAAUUCUCCGCAGGGUCCCAGCAGCCAUGAAGCUUCGACUGCACUUUGUGGUAGACCCCAUGGGCUGGCUGUGCAUCAGCGUGGUAUUUGGAAUCUGGCUCUACAACACUUUCUUUAUUCCAAAACUGGUUCUGCUACCACACUACAAUGAAGGACACAUCCCAUGGGCCAUAGUUGUUUGUUAUUACAUAGCAUCAGCACUCUGCAUAGCAGCCCUGUUCAGAGCUUCCACAGCAGAUCCUGGUCGUCUCCCUGUGGACCCCCACAUACCUCACUCUGAGCGAGAGCACUGGGAGUUGUGCAACAAGUGCAACUUAAUGAGACCUAAAAGGUCCCACCACUGCAGUCGUUGUGGCCAUUGUGUACGCAGGAUGGACCACCACUGUCCUUGGAUCAAUAACUGUGUGGGAGAAGACAACCACUGGCUCUUCCUGCAGCUCUGCUUCUAUGCUCAGGUCCUCAGUUUGUUCACCCUGGUGCUGGACUUCUGCCAGUACUAUUACUUCCAGCCACUGACAGGACUAGAUCAGGAGAAGUUUACAACACGCCAUGAACUGGCUUUACUGCGUGUGUCAGCACUCAUGGGUAUGGUCAUGUUUGGCGGCAUGACUAGCUUGUUUUAUACUCAGAUGACGGGCAUCCUCUCUGAUACUACCACCAUUGAGAAAAUGGCUCAGUUCUCAAAUGAAAUCUAUGGGGCAAAGAGAUCCUGGCAGUGGGCGCUAGCUGAAGUUUGUGGCACUCGCUGGAAAGUCCUGUGGUUGAUCCCGCUCCGAAGCAGGCAGGCGCUUCAAGCCAGCCACCACUUUCGCACCCACGUGUAGGCUGGUAGUGCUACAGUACCUCCUACCUGCACAGAUGGUAGGUGCUGCCAUGUUCAGCCAGAUGAAACACUGUAUACACACUUAAAGAAUCCAUCUGCUCGCCUUCACUGUCCUCUUUUGUGCUAUGGGAGCUGGGCAGCAGUCUUGGUUUGUCAGUGGACACUCGAAGGUUUUUUUUUUUUUUUUUUUAUUAUAAUUUUUAUUGCCUUUCUCUACAAGGCCCAGACUGGCAGUGAACAGGGUCAAGAAACGCCUAGGUGACUGAUUGGAAGAUGUUGCUUUUUUACUCACUGUGACUGCUACUCUCAGCAUUUGGAAACCACUUUGAUGGCUAUUUGCAUCAGAACGAUGGAAGUCUUUACCUGAAAGCAGCUGGCAAAAGGGACCCUCUCAGGUUACUUUAAUAAAGAGCCUUUACUACUGACCUUUAAUCAACUAAAGACAAAACUAGGCUAAAUCCAGUGUGUCUAUUAGAAAGGCAAUGUUUUGUAUAAAGUUUGUGCCUUGUUUCUUUUAACUAUGUCCUUCUUAUUUGUCAAGCAUGAGCAGUGCUUUUGCUUAAUGUUUUCUGGUUGGUGAUCUUCCAGUGAAAUAAGACUAGUUCGGAAAUUUCCUAUGAAAAGCAAAGGGAUAAGGCAUCAACUGCUUUCCUUUAAAUGGUAAUCACAUGAUGAUUCAUGAAUGUUUUCUUGCAUUACUCUGUGAAAGUUUUAUCUGUAAAGUGAUGUUUUAUCAAGCAUGGCCACAGAACAAAGUUGAUAACUUGAAUACUGACAUGUGUGACAGAGGACCAGCCAGGUACGGAGAUUUGUAAUAGGAAGCAGACAGUUAACACUACACCGUGCCAUGAUAAAAAAAAAAAGUAGUUAAAAAUUAGAAACAAGCUUAUACAAUCAACCGUAGACUGUAAAUGUAGUAGUUAAAUUUGCUGUAUAAUCAAGUUGUUUCUCUGAGUAUAACGAACAUUGCACAGCCAAUUAAUGUCAUAACCUCAUUCAUCUACAUGUCUGUCUUCAGAGAUGUAGUGAAAUCCUUAUUGAAGGGAUUCAAGUCGCAAAUACUGUUCUCAAAGCGCAACGUAAAUGAGUAGUUUGACAUUUUGGGAAAAAUGCUUAUUAGUUUUCUUGUCAAAGAUGUGAAAAUCGAUACCACCCUGUCCUUAAAAUACAAGGCUACAGUCAGCAGCUGUUAGCUUAGUUUAGCAUAAAGACUGGAAACAGCUAGCCUGGCUCUGUGCAUAGCUAACAAAAUCCACCUACUGGAACCUGUAAAGCUCACUAAUUAACACAUUUACAUCUUGUUUUUUUUUAAUUUGUACAAAAACAGGAAUGUAAAAACGACAAGUUGUGGUCACAUUAUGUGCAGGGCAGACUACACCAGAGGUCACUGCUCCCGGCCAAGAAAUAGUUACAGCACAUAACCUCCAAUAAAACUGCAACUUGUCUUUCUUUACACAUUGUUUUUUUUAUAUGGAUUAAACAGCUAACAUUCUAGUUAGUGAGCUUCACUAACUGGCAGAGAUUCACCCUUUUUCCAGUCUUAACUCUAAGCUAACCUAAAUGCUAAGCUAAGCUAAAGCUAAUGAGAGUGGUAUCGAUUGUCUCAUCUAACUCUCACAAAAGCAAAUAAGUAUAUGUCCCAAAAUGUUGAGCCAUUGGUUUAAAUAAGUCUGUUAAGCUUAAGCUUAUUUAAGUUGGAUCAACCAUAGCACUUACAAUGUGUUGGUGCAAAUGACUUUUGAACAAUUGUCUUCUAUUUUACACUCCUGUCAAUAUCAUUUGUGAUUUAUACUUAUCAUUUUAGUGCUGUAGCAGUCUUAGUCAGGUCUUAAAUAUGUCUGAACAAGUGGCUUUAUAAAUAUGAUCAGUAAUACAAACGCUACCAGGUUAGUCUACUUGUGGUGAGCUAGUUCACACAGGACACAACACUGAAUAUUUAUUUAUGGUGGUUUUGUUGUAAUUUUAUGAUACUAUUUAGAGAUUUUAUUGAAUUCUUUAACAGGACCUUGAGGGAGAGGGUGAUUCAGUAAAUAUCAUUACUAGCAUAGCGUGGUUAUCAUUGUCUUUAAUACUUGGCAAUCUCUUAGCUAAUGUGUACGUAAACAAUGCUUGCCAUGUGGGGGAAAUAUAACAGUAUCCAAGUAGUUUUAAGUGCCUGUUCAGGUUUUACUUUUGCUGCCAAUUCUCACACAUCAUCAUCAUCAGAUUAGUCUCCAUACAAGCCAAAGACCUGGGGAAAUGUUGCAAUAGUCAGCGAGCACUUAAUAAAUGCAUGUUUCACCAAAUUUCUGGAGGUAGCGGUUUAAUAUUAUGCACUGAUUUUCACGUUAACACACAGUCUGUUUUGCUGCAUUAGUGAUACUCUUGAAAGAACGUCUUCACUUGAAGUUUGUUGUUUUAUUUGGUGUGUAUCCUUUAUUUUAUUCAUAUUUUAUAUCAGAUUGUGUUUGUUGAUAACUUUGCUAAGUGUUUUUUAUAACUCUGAUUCAGGUUCUUGGAUGUUUAUGUGAACUUGUUUUUUUGUUUGUUGGUGGGUUAUGUGAAUGUGUGUGAUUGACACUAAAAGAAAGGGAGGGUACUGAUAAAUCACAUUAACAGGUUUGUCUUUUAAUUUCUGAAAGCAAUAAGCAUUGUGUAUCAGUAAAGCCAUCCUUGUUACAGCAGCAAGCAGUGGAAAUAUAUUUAGAGGUAUAUAAACUGAGUGGAUGGGCUUCAGUCAUUACACACUAACAAGUGAUUCCUGGACUUGAACAUUAUGUCAAUACUUCUGUAACCUCAGCCAAAACUGACACUACUGUUAGCUGCUGUGUGUGUUCAAUCAGCAACAUGUCAGCCUUAACACCUCAUGUCAUAAUAACAGAGUUAGGUCUUCAGAGAGGCUGUGCUCACUCACUUCCCCUUACAGACAUUACCUGGCGUCCCACAGGGCUCCCAGUUUGGACUUCUGCUGUUUUGUUUUCUUUGUUCAUUUCUUCUGUUUUGGAAUGUGUUUUCAAGCUUUAUUUUUUGGAAUUCUUGAUAUACAUGGAAACCUCAAACACUGGAACAGUUUUUUGAAUUAAGUUAAUACACGAUGAAUAUGUUAUUAAUUUCUUUAUGUCUAGCCUAUGGUAAAUUGUCUAUUAAUCAUACUAGAAUGCUGUAAUAAUUGUGGUUAUUGAAAUGAUCAUACAGGUAUUCAUAUUCUAAUAAAUUAGAUUCUGAGCUGA